AACCGUUCCUCCUCCUCCUCCGUCGCUUUUUUUUUUCCUCUUCAAAAGAAAAUAAAAAACCAAAGCCGCACGCGUGCUCUUCACGCGCUUUCACACUCUCCUCCUCUCGCCGAUCAUCGCUGCGAUUCCCUUCUCCAUCUCCGGUAACAAUUGGAUGCGCCGUCUCCAAGCCCUAGAACAAUUUCCCAGUAUCUCUCUCUCAUUCUCAAAAAUCCUAAUUAGGGUUUGUCACUGAAAUCAACACCAGAUUUGGCUCAAUCGUAACAUGUGAUUGCUGUUACAAACCACGAACAAAAAAUGGUUGAUAACAGUAACAAUAAGAAGAGGAAAGAGUUCAUCAGUGAAGCAGACAUCGCCACUCUUUUGCAGAGAUAUGAUACUGUGACGAUACUGAAGUUGCUACAAGAAAUGGCGUAUUAUGCUGAAGCAAAGAUGAAUUGGAAUGAGUUAGUGAAGAAGACAAGUACUGGAAUUACUAGUGCUAGAGAAUAUCAGUUGCUUUGGCGGCAUCUUGCUUAUAGAGAUUCUCUCGUCCCUGUGGGAAAUAAUGCUCGAGUUCUGGAUGAUGAUAGUGAUAUGGAGUGUGAAUUGGAAGCAUCCCCUGGAGUUAGUGUUGAUGUAGUAACGGAAGCUGUUGCGCAUGUGAAAGUGAUGGCUGCUUCCUAUGUGCCAAGUGAGUCCGAUAUUCCCGAAGACUCAACGGUUGAGGCUCCCUUGACCAUUAACAUACCUUACAGCCUGCAUAGGGGGCCUCAGGAACCAUCAGACUCAUAUUGGUCAUCAAGAGGGAUGAAUAUCACCUUUCCUGUUUUUCUUCCGAAAGCAGCUGAAGGACAUAAUGGGAAUGGGUUAGCCAGUAGCUUGGCUCCUCGGAAGAGAAGAAAAAAAUGGUCAGCUGAGGAGGAUGAGGAGCUGAUUGCUGCUGUUAAGCGACAUGGUGAAGGCAGCUGGGCCCUUAUCUCUAAGGAAGAAUUUGAAGGAGAGCGAACAGCCUCACAACUCUCACAGCGGUGGGGGGCUAUAAGGAGAAGGACUGAUACUUCAAACACUUCUACCCAAACUGGCCUACAGCGAACAGAAGCACAAAUGGCAGCUAAUCGUGCAUUAUCUUUAGCGGUGGGAAAUCGGUUACCCUCAAAAAAACUUGCAGUAGGUAUGACUCCAAUGCUGUCAUCCGGUACCAUCAAGGGAGCACAAGCCAAUGGUGCCAGCAGUGGUAGUACAUUGCAAGGUCAACAACAGCCUCAGCCACAAAUUCAAGCAUUAUCACGGGCAACAACAUCAGUGCCAGUUGCAAAAUCUCGAGUUCCUGUAAAGAAAACAACAGGGAACUCCACUUCGAGAGCAGACCUAAUGGUAACUGCUAAUUCAGUAGCUGCUGCAGCCUGUAUGUCUGGCCUGGCAACCGCUGUAACAGUGCCUAAGAUUGAACCAGGAAAGAAUGCUGUUUCUGCGUUGGUGCCGAAGACUGAACCCGUAAAAACCGCUUCCACAGUUUCUAUGCCUCGUCCUUCAGGUAUAUCAUCAGCACUGAAUACUGAGCCUGUAAAAACCGCUGUGGCAGCCUCUUUGCCUCGUUCAUCAGGUAUUAUUUCAGCACCAAAGGUUGAGCCUGUAAAAACCGCUGCUUCAGCAGCCUCUUUGCCUCGUCCAUCAGGAAUGAUAUCAGCACCAAAGGUUGAGCCUGUGAAAACCACCGCCUCUGUAGCCUCUUUGCCUCGUCCAUCAGGUAUUAUUUCAGCUCCAAAGGCUGAGCCUGUAAAAACCGCUGCUUCUGCAGCCUCUUCGCCUCGUCCAUCAGGAAUGAUAUCAGCACCAAAGGUUGAGUCUGUGAAAACCACCGCCUCUAUGCCUCGUCCAUCAGGUAUUAUAUCCGCACCAAAGGCUGAGCUUGUAAAAUCCGCCGCUUCUGCAGCCUCUUUGCCUUGUACAUCAGGUAUUAUAUCUUCACCAAAGGCUGAGCUUGUAAAAUCCGCCGCUUCUGCAGCCUCUUUUCCUCGCCCAUCAAGUAUGCUAUCAGCACCAAAGGCUGACCCAGUAAAGAUUGUUCCUGCUGCUGCCACUAACACUAAAUCGGUUGGACCUUUGAAUUUAAGGCAUGCAGUCAAUGGAAGCCCAAACCACACGAUACCUUCAUCACCCUUUACUAAGCCUUUACAUAUGGCUCCUCUCUCCAAAGGAUCUACAAUCCAGAGUAAUUCAGUUCCUCCUAGUUUUGCAUCGUCAAGGUUGGUCCCCACACAGAGAGCUCCUGCGGCUACUGUUGUCACGCCACAAAAGCCAAGUGUGGUAGCGGCAGCUACUGUUGUCACGCCACAAAAGCCAAGUGUGGGAGCAGCAGCUACUGUUGUAACGCCACAAAAGCCAAGUGUGGGAGCAGCAGCUAAUGUUGUAACGCCACAAAAGCCAAGUGUGGGAUCAGCAGCUACUGUUGUAACGCCACAAAAGCCAAGUGUGGGAGCAGCAGUUACCGUCACUUCCAAGCCGGUUGGUGUACAGAAAGAGCAAACUCAGGGAAACAGAGCAAGCCCCUUGGUUACAGCAACACUUCCGCCAAAUAAAACCAUCCCAGCAAAUUCAGUGAUUGGCACAGCAAAAGCGGUGGCUGCGAAAGUGGAGACUCCUCCUAGCCUUAUGCCUAAGAAAAAUGAAGUAGUUGGCAGUUGCACCGAUAAAAGUUCAUUGGAUAAACCACCUGAGAAAGAAAGUACUACCACGGUGUCACCUCUAGCUGUAGCUGCGACUAAAUCAAAACCCAAAGAUGAAGCAACCGUGACAGGGACCGGACUGAAGGAGUUGUAGUUCAUUUACUUCAUUGUUUUUGUGCUUCCAUUAAUGUUUUUUCUUAGGACUCGGACAAUAAUAUGAUUAUGUACAGUAGGACCUCCAAAUAUAAGGUUCUUACUACUAAUUAGUAAUACGAGUUUAAAUAUACUUCGGAAUCUCC